AAAUACAUCAGUCUGCGUAUGUCCAGCCUUUCCCUAGUACUAUUAUCCUGUUGACCUAUUACCUGAAAGUUACAUUUGUAGGACUGCUGUAGAUCUUUAUUUGUUCUUCUCUUAUAAAGUAGGGCAAUGUUUAGAAGCGCCCACUCCAUUGAUCAGGUACGUAUAUUAAUUUAGUAACGCACACGGUAAUAACAAUAUACUUUGUUAAUGUAUACCGAGCUGUCUAAUAACACUGGUCCUGCUAUGCGUGUCUGUCUGUUUGAGUACAAAGGCUGUAAUAAAAUACGUAAUGCCAAAUGUCACAAUGUAGCCCAACUGAAAAUGACGUCUUCGUUCCAGUGGCGAAGAGUUACUGUGCAUUCUCGCGAUGCAGGAAGCGCAUUCUUGCAGAUUUCCUGACUCUCUUCCUGCUGCCCAGGAUGUGACGCAAGUCUCAGGAUAAGGUGAGGCUUAAAGAACUCUGUAGAUGUGAGGCAUUCCCCCUGCCAGCUGUGAGACAUCUCUACCCAUUGCGAGACAUUCCACAACCGCUGGCUGAUACGUCCAACAGACUGAAAAAGAUAACACUGUUGACAAACCACCACUGCACAGAGCUGAAGGAAACACACUGGACCACAAAGAGUAGACCUUCCUGGAAUCCGAGAUCUGUCUCCUGGAGACAUCCCAAACACUUGAAAUGAGGAGAAGUUAAGGUGGCCAGUCCUGAUGCCUCUGCCCUACCUUGUUGACACCAGUUAACCUCUGUGUGCUUACACACAUGAUCCCACGCACACUAAGGAGAGCACUGGAGGAAGUGAGGCGGGAACACAAAGCGCGAGAGGCCCUGACAGAGAAUUUGCACCAUGAGGGAGAGGAGGAGCACGAAGGAGUUGUGUACAGUGUGUAUCUGCGCUCCACAAACUCUCACCAGGCUCCGGUUAGAGUUAAGCUGCUUCGGGCUGGCACUCUUGUAAGACUUGUAUUGCACCUCCUGGAUGCCCGUGCCUUGGGGGACAGUACAUAUAUCCCAGCAUUCCUUGCAACGUACCGUGCCUUCACCAGUACUACCGAAGUGCUGAGUAUACUACUAGACAGGUUAGAGAGUGAAAUUCACAAACCCAGGACAGAUAAUGGAGGGAGAGAUGAUGAUGUCAGCAGCCUCUUCUAUGCCUGGAUGUCUCAAUACCCUGAUGAUUUUACAUCACUUGACCCUGAGAAGAGAAAGCGUCUGUCGCUGUGCCUCUCUAGGCUGUUAAAAUCCAACUUGGUGGCAAGACUUCAGGAACUGAGUGUGGAACAAGUGGAUGACCAAGAGCCUCUUACCCCAGUGGAAGAAGAAACAAGUGCCUCAGACCCUUUAGAUAUCCUUAUCUACCAGGCUGGAUAUGUGGCGGAGCAACUUACCUCACUGGAAGCUUCACUCUUCUUGCGAGUUGUCCCCCUUGAAUGCCUGGGAUCAGUGUGGUCUCGGAGAGACAGAGGAGGAGAGCAAUGUGACCGCUGCCACAGUGUCAGAGAAACCGUUCGUCACUUCAACCGUUUGUCUGGGGCUGUGACCUCAUCAUGUGUCAGGGACCCCCAUCUUCGACCACAGCAGAGAGCUCGAAUCCUCGAGAAGUGGGUGAAGGUGGCAGAGGAAUGUUGGAGUCUCAGGAACUUCUCGUCUGUCUAUGCCAUUUUCUCAGCUCUGCAGAGCACUGCUGUUCACCGUCUAAAGAGAGUGUGGGCUGAGACAUCCAGGGAAAUCCAGCGUAGUUACCAGGAAAUAAGUGACGUUUUCUCUGAGAGGGACAAUUAUGCCCGAAUGAGGGAGCUGCUUUUCCAGUCUCAGGACACAUCCGAUGUAAACUCGAGGAGACACCCUGUUCGCUCUAAAGACCCACGAGCAGCGGGUGUCAUUCCGUACCUUGGAGUUUUCCUUACAGACCUGGUCAUGUUGGACUCCGCUAUCAGGGAUCAUCUGGAGAAUGGCUAUCUAAACUUUGAGAAGAGAAGAAAGGAGUUCGAGUCCCUCUCUCAGAUUCGCCUCCUACAAUCAGUCUGUCUUGGUUAUCGAAUUGACACCGACCCGCAAUUUGUCAGCUGGUUUCGAAGACUCCCGACAAUCAGUGAGAGCGAGAGUUAUCACCUGUCAUGUGAGAUUGAGCCAACGCAGGAUGCAGUCACUACCACUACAACAGUCAAACCGACUGUGAUCAUUACACAUUGCACAGAUCUCCUGGCAUCCAUUGCUGCUCCAUUUGGACCCAGUAUGCACCUGGUGUCCUGGGACACACCCUGCGACCGACUGAUGCCACUAGGCCAGCAGCAGAAGAGCCCAUCAGUGCCUGCUCUCAACAAGCAGGAUUCUCCCAUGCAAACUCCCAAAGGGAUUCUGGCUGUCCCAGUACGCACUCACAGACGUUCCGCCUCCUGCGGCAGUACUAUAAAUACUGCCGCACCUAAUGGUGCCUCUACAACCUCAAGCAACCUAGAUCUCCACACUUCGCAGGAUUCUACAGGAGAUCAGCGUAUUAUCCGUGCGCGGGUAGAGCCAGCAGAGGUAAACAGCGUAUACAAGAGUGUGCGGAUCAGCAGCCAGGAAAAAGCCCCAGCGGUUAUUGACAGAAUCCUCAGGAAACAUCACAUAAAUCCCCAGGGGCGACAUGAGCUGGUCCAACUACUGCCAGGAGGCAAAGAGCUGGUGAUCCCAGGAACUGCCAAUGUGUUCUAUGCCAUGAGCUCAGCCAGCCUAGAUUUCUUGCUCCGUCCUUACCAUGCCAACCAACCAGCACUGUCUCCAGGUCCUCUGUCUGCCACCCGCAUGCAGAUCAGUGCCACUUUUCCCAAAAUGAAGGCAAAGGCAGGAGACCUGGCAAGAGCACUCUUCUGAGUUACAUUUUCAUCUUUUCUACAUGUGAUGCCUGGAAGGAUAUAUGCUUCCUGGGAAUAGUGGCCGUGGACAAUGGCAUUCAAUGUUCCUGAAGACAUUACAUUAUGAAGGGUAUCAGUUCCUCAGGUUGGAUUUUCUAAUCUGCAAUCAUUGUGACACAAGUUGAUACGGAAAGUUACAUGGAGGGGAAAUAUGCCUUGAGCUUCGGAACAAAACCCGAUCGUUCUGAUCCUAGACAAGCAUGCACAAGGUCAAAGAUACACAGUCGACUUGAACAGACAUUGGUGCUAGUGCAUUUAAAAAGGAACUAUUGUUUUCCAACCCAGGACGGGACUGGAUGUUGCUGCUGCUUUCUAUACACUAUCAAUAAAACACUAUAUAUUGUAUGUAAUUAAGCGGAAUAUAAAAUGUAUUUUUAAUUUUGUGCAUAAUAAACAUGAAUGA